GGGAGCUAAAAUUUUCAUGAAAAUUCUAGGAAGAUGACCAACCUUUUAAAUGUGUUUAGUGCGUUAACUUGAAGUUAGAGCGAUAACAUGGGAAACGUUUCAAGUAUAAGCGAUGCAGAGGAUGAUGUUGGGACUGAUGCAAUGAAGGAUGAUGAUGAAGGUUCUGAUACUGAACAAGAUUCUGAGAAAGAACUUCCAGGUGUUUUGGUUGAUUUAGGGGUGCUGUUCAUGCCAACUGCCUUGAGAAAUGCUGCCUCAAAAAUAAAGGAUGAUGUGCCUGAGAAUGUAAUUCAGCAUCACCAUGGUCACCUGCUACGGUGGCUGGAAGACAGACACCAGAGAAAGGAGGAAAUGAUCACUUUGGCCCAGUUCUCUGACAUGCUGAUGAACAGAUCUGUCAGUCAAGAUGACUGUUUACAGGCAUUCCAACAGUUUGACAGUGAGGGCAAUGGGACAGCUGAUGUGUGCUCUAUGAUAGAUGCACUGAAGCAGUCAAAUGGUGCAAACCUACAAGGGGAGCUGAACUAUGUUAUACGCACAUUGCAGUCUUGUAGACUAACUCCAGGUUUCAUAGAUGUCUACACUGAAGACAAACAAAGCAUAGGGCAACAUGGGAAUAGAUUGUUAAAUUUCCUUUGGAGAAACCGAGCUCCUUCCAGUUCACUGCCAUUCCCGAUCCUAGAUGGCUUCAAUAACACCUACCUGAUGAGGCAAACUGUACUACAGACACAGUUCAAGAAACUCAAAGCUGAAGCUUCUAAAGGUUUGGUAGAGGACUGUCUGACUGGUGGGGAGGAACUGAGACCAAUCAUCAAGUGUUACAAAAGUAUAGAGGUCUCCACCAACAAGUCAGAUGCACACAGACUGAGUAAUGGAGAGUUUACAUCCCACUGGCAAAGUGAUGGCUCAGCAAGGUCUCACUGGAUAAAGUUACAUAUCAGGAACAAUGUGGUGAUAAAGCAGUUGUCCAUUGGAGUGUCUGCCUCAGACCAGAGCUACAUGCCUCAGUUAGUCACUGUGUCAGUGGGAAAGACAACACAUGGCCAGCUCAGGGAAGUGAAGGAAGUUAGAAUUCCAAGCCAUAUGACAGGAGAUGUGAUUGUCUUUGAAAAUGCCAAGACUUACUAUCCCAUAAUUCAAAUCAACAUUAGGCGUUGCCAUAGUGAUGGUUGUGACUGUCGUAUUCAUGGCCUCAAAACAUUAGGAUACAGGAUUAUAAAGGAUCCUGGAGUUAGUGUAUUGGAUGCAUCAGCUGUAUGGUAUCUUCAAGUGCUUGCCUCUACAGCCACUGCCUACAUCCCUGUGGCCCCUCAGUUAAGGCACAGCAUACUGCAGCAUACAAGGACUGCCUUGAGUCACAUGGGGCCAUUAUCAUUAUGCCCAACCAGCUCGGAGAAGCCUUCUUUUCUAAGUACACAUGUACUCAAAGAGAUGGAGAACUUCCUCACAGAUAUUUCAGUUGAUUCUGAUGGGGCUAUAAGUGCAGAUGGACUCCAGAUUCUGUUGUCAUUCAGCAUGGCACGUGGCCAUGUUGCUGGAAUCAUCUCCGCCCUUAGACUCCUACAAGACAACCCAGGUCUCAAGCUUAGAGUUGCAGGACUUUUAAAGAGUGUUGUAGCUGUCAGGGACACCUUCUGGAAAAAACAAGGUCACAAUAUUAGUUUGAAGUUGGUUGGAUGUGAUGGUGGAAAGAAGAACGAGACAUCUACACCUGAAAAUGUCCUCUCUGGAGCUUGGACCUCUGCCACUCAAGGUUAUUUGACUGCAGAUGGAAAAACCAAAGUGAACAUGUUUUUCAAAGGGGCUGACCAUUUUCAACUGACUAAAGUGAGAAUAAAGGUUGAUAAAGGGCCAAAGGGACCACAGUGCGGUUUGAUCUUUGUAUAUAGAGACAAGGAGCAAUUUGAUUUGGAAAAGCACUGUGAAAGAUUUAUGAAGUUUGAUGACUGGACUCACACUAGUUACUCCCUGUGGAAUUUAUGGAACAAACAAAGGAUUGCUGGCAUGAAUGAUGAGGAGUUAUUGUACUAUCCUGUAGCCUCAUUCUGGCUGGAAGAUGAAUGGGAUGAGGUUGAAGUUCCACUUGAUCGCUGCCCAGUAGGACAGUAUGUGCUGAUAAAGUUCCUACAGCCAAGGAGUAACACUGCAGAGAGACUGGGCAUCAUGAGGAUAAAAUGUUUUGGUUUCCUUCGUGACAGUUCUGCCGUAGAGAUUGAUCAGUGGGAAAAGAUUGCUAUGAUACCACAAAAGGAAACAAAGGACGAAGACUCAAGUGAAAAAGAAGAGAAUGAAAUUGUUCCAAAUGAAAAGAUUUUCUUGCGAAUCCUUCUGUUUUUAGUUGAUCUCGUCAAAGACCAGGAUCCCUCUAAAUUAGUCAGUUCAGUGAAUGGCAAAGCGACUCACUUAGAUAUGAGUGGAAUGACUGUCAACUUAAUAUGGCAACUGUACUCAUCCUUUCCUCAAAUUCAAGAUGAAGUUUGGCUAGCCUCUCGCGUGCUCUCCCUACAGCUUGUCUAUUGUAUAUUCCCAUAUAUCUCCAAUUCGAAGCCUUCAGAACAGUCAUCCAGUAAGGCUUCGAAUGAUGAACUUUUCAAACACUUGUGCGAUCUGAUUGAUAAGAACCCAUCUAAUGCCGAAGCCAACAAGGAGAGUGAUGUCACAAUUGAUCCACGUCUCGUAAAAACUGCACAGAAGGCUAUUAUAGAUGGAGCUGCUAUAUUCUUCCCUGAUAAAGAUGCACGUCGUAAGCAGUUGUUCUCAAUGAUGAGCACAGCUAGUGGAAUCGAGGAAGCCCCAUCCGUGUCAUUGAUAUUCCAAUCACUUUGCCAAUUCUUCAGCAGUGUAGAUCCAAGUGCCUUACUAGACCUGCCAAAGGCGAUAGAUAAGAUGGAAGACUUCCAUUUUGAGCCAGUUCUUAACGUCAUGGAAACAUUGAUAUCUGUUGCUUAUCGUGAGUUCAUCCUGGUACUUGAGACAUGUGAGGUCACAGAACAGGCAGCACACCUGGUCCAUCUAUUGAGCUCUCUUCAAACUAGCUUGUUGUCAUGGUGUCAUAACCAGCUGACCAAUGGAAUCAAAGGUGAUGUAAGAGCUGCAGUGGAGAAAAUGGUGAUUCAAUAUGUGACCCUUUUGAGCAAUAAGGCUAUUGAAGGUAUGGACAAAUUAACACAGCAUGACUUUAAGGAAAUAUCUGACAAUUUAAUGGAGCCACUUGAGAAAACUUUCCUAGCUACUUCAUUUAGACAAAUGGUGAUUGUUCUGACCAAUGUGAUUCCACACCUUGAGUCUACGGAGAGGGUGAAAAUUUUACAAUUACUGAUGCCAUUUGCUACUAACCUAAAGUCCCUUGCCUUACAUAUGCCCCAGUUCUUUUACCCGCUUGGCAGUGAGAGCUGGGAGGUGGUCAACAUGAAGGAUAUUGUUUUGAGGACCUGGGAUGUGGAGUCAAGCCAUAACUAUGACAAUAACCAGCACAUUACACAGGUGUUCGGCUGUCCUGGUGCACAAACGUUCCAUGUUGAGUUUGACCCCAAGUGUGAAACUGAGAAAAGGUACGACUAUCUAGAGUUCACAGACUCAAAAGGGCUAAAGACAAGAUACGAUCAGAAAGUUGGCACAGAGAAGUGGCCGCUAGAGGUCACAUUUCGUGGUGGAAACUGUCUGCAGUUCUUGUUCCAUGCUGAUAGCAGCAACAAUGAAUGGGGUUAUAAGUUUAAGGUGACAGCUAAGGGCUGCCCAGAUGUCCCCUUGUGCUGGAUGUUUGACAUGCAGCUAAGUCUGGCAAAGUUGUUUGGCAAGUGCUGUGGGGCAACACUCGAUUGUUCUAAAGUACUUCCAGAGGUUAACCCUUCCCCUGCCACAGACAAGGAAGAGGAGAACAAUGAGUUAACCUUACUGAGGAGUGAUCUUUGGACCACGCUUUUCAGAGGGGGCUACAUGGUCGGAAAGCUACAAAGAUCUCUCUCUGGAUACACUGAGACUGCUCCGGGUGAUUCCUCCACUGCAGAGUUUCUUCAUGCCCUGUUGGAGAGUGUAUCCCACACAGACACAUUGCAGCCAACACCACAUACAGAGGUACAAACGAAUGCAAGGGAUUUCCUCAAGAGGUGUAUUGAAGGUCAUAAAGGGAAUAUAAUAGGUGGGGCAGAGUUUGAUACAGCAGUCAUAAGCGUCUUUGUGGCUUUACUCUGGCAUACACAGGUGCUGAGAGAUGAUAUCGAGAAACAUGUGAAUGAUGCAGGCAUGGCCAUAUCUGAGGGAAUACAGCAAGCGUACAGUGCUGCAGAGAGUGUGAGAACCUCACUCAUGGAACAAAAACAGAAACUUCUUGCCAAACAGGAGCAAGGAGAGCAGAGCCAACAUGAUAUUAUUGCAGACUGUAAAUCAAAAGCUCUCUUUCUCUUAAAGUUUCCUGGCCUCACAAAAGUUAAUAUAAAAACAGGGGUGCACAACUUAAGGGUCAGUAAAAUCAAGAAACAAAAGCGCAAUAAUGUCGACCGUGCAGUUUCAAACACCAAGUAUGAUGUCAUAGGCUGUGAGAAGUAUCCAUCGUUUCGCCUCGUGCUUGAGUUUGUGAGAGAUCGACUCUGGACAAUUAAAAGGGUCCAGGAACUGCUUGAGGAAAGGUCAAAGUUUGCCAAGGCUGUAGCUGAUGUCUACAUGUUUGCUGCUGAGCAUUUACGCAUCAUGUCUGAACCUCACAUCUUCCAGGUCCCGAAUGUGAUCUUUCUGCAAGAGAUGCUAUCCUACCAGGGGAUGUUCGCCAAGCACUAUGCAGAGGGCCUGGAGGGAUGUGGUUUGGAUAUAGAAUCCAGAGUCAGGUCUGCAUUUUACGCCCUCGUUACAUUCCUCAUUGGGGCACUUAGAGAAAAUGAAGAUGACAUUAUUUCAGAACCUGUGAAUGUACAAUCUGCCUAUGACUAUAUCCAGACUUGUUUGCUACAUCUACUGGACAUCAACUGGCAGCCCCAUGACUUACCAUUCAUUGUGGAGAUCAAACUUCCAGAGCUUCUCAUAACUAUAGCAAAAGGGAGUGUCGCUAUGCGUGACAAGGCCCUGAGCGACCUGGAAGAGUCUGACGAGAUCAAGGAAUACCAACAAUACAAGAAAUGGCUGUCAGAAGUAAAAGAUGACUCGUUCCUAGGAUGGUACUCACUCAGGCCAGAAAAUGACAAUGACAGAAUAAAUGCCAAGGAGAUUCAGAUGUUUGUUGCCCUUUACUCUGACCUGCUUGAUGUUGAAAUCAACUGUGAUGGCUGUAACUCUACUCUGCCUGGUAGCAGGUUCAGGUGUCUGCAGUGUGUUGAUAUGGACCUCUGUGCUGCCUGCUACACUGGGGGAGUGAAACCCACCAAUGACCACACUGAGGAACAUGAUAUUGUACACCUGAAACACAAAUGUGAUGAAUGCCAAGCUUUCAUAGCUGGGACAAGGGUGCACUGUAACUUGUGUGAAGAUUUUGACCUCUGUCUGGGCUGUCAUAGGGCAGGACUGUUCCCUGCAGGACAUACCAAAGAACAUAAUGUUACUAUAUAUCCUCUAGUCAAGUUUAAGAGUCAGAACAAGAGCGAGUCACUCCUGCAGGCGUAUGUGCAUCAACAUGUUUGGAUGUUGUUCACGUCUCUAUCUCUCUCCAUGUCGAACAUGCUCUACACGCAUAACACUAGUGAAGGGGAUGGGGAGGAGAUAUCAUACAUGCAGGCAGCCAGUACUAUACAUACACAGUGCAUUGAUUUUGUCUCUCAGUGCCUCAGGAAGGUCAACAAGACAGAAGAUGAAGAUUCUGAGAAGAAUGCUGGACUUUCUAAUUUAGAGUUGCGUCAGCUGGAACAUGAGACAGCAUUUGCCGCUAACUCCCAGGAGAGAAUCAUGGGAUUGCUAGGUGCUAUGAUACCACCGGAUCACCAGUGUACAAAUGAUGAUGACAGCAUCAGUUAUGGUUUCACUACAGAGAAGUUUCUCAGGAUGCUCUUCACCAUUGCCAGAAGAGAGUAUGUCCAUGAAGUGAACACACAGCAUAUGGCAAUGGGCCUCAUAGGACAACUUCUACAAAGGUCCUCCAUCAAUAGCAAAGUGUGUGAUGAUGCAGUUACCAUGGAAACUGAUUCAGAUCUACUGGAUGCUGACAAGCCAGGCAAAAGAACAGUUCAGUGUUUAUUCAAAUUUGGUGCUACCUGUUUAGAGAGGAGUGGUCUGGAGUGGGCAUGCUCCGUGACGAGUAUUCUACAGCAGAUGUUCAAUGCUUCAACAUGGCGUGAUGUACUCCUAGAACAUCUCCGGAGUGCUGUCCAGUUGCUCAAGGAACGUCCUGAGCUUUCCUCCAUCUUCGCAUUGUUUGUCAUAGCUGGCUUUCCUCAGGUGUUGUCCAUUGGCACCCAUGUUAAAUACAAUGAAAAUGGAUCAGAUGUCAAAGAUGGUGUAGUUUUAAAACACUUCCCAGAUCGUCAUGGUACCUUGAUUGUGGACAAGAGAUCUCGGAAAAGACACACGUUGAAUGAUGAAUACAUCGACUGUGUAACUUAUGACUUGAAUAUCUUGGAUCAGCAGCAUCUUUCAUCAUUUAUUGCUGUAAUUCAAGAUAUCAUCAGCAAACUUAAAAAAGAGGAGACUACAAAUGUUGAAAACCUAUGGGUGUUAUCAUUGGCAUUGAAGGCCUUAUUAAACUCAUUUGGUUCUGGGGACAUUAUGGGAUGUGUCACUGAGGAAGUGUUUAGCAGCCAGUUCAUUCAGAACUUGGUGUAUUUAGCAGGACAAGGAACUGGCUUUAGCUCACAGUGGCUUCUCAAGGACUUGGAGAUUCUGUCUCUGAUGCUCUACACACAUGAGAAGUCUGAGUCGAAUGAUAGUCCUGACACAGCAGUAGAUGAGGCAGGUCUCCCAGGGGCUGAUGAUGAUGAGCCCCCUAGUCUGGUCUCCUCCAGUCCCGCCACCCCUAGCCCCACCCCCAAACCACUGACCUGUGAUUGGGAAGGCCUGGAUGACACAGAUAGACUCUGCUUCCAGGCAAUGCUGGAACAUUGUUCAGUGUCAUAUCCUGAGUUGAGAGCUCUUUAUGAGAUACAUGGCAACGCUAAUGAUGUACUACGUGCAAUACAUGAAUGCUUGGUUGAAGGAGAUACAUUCUCCCCAUCUGAAGAAGUUAAGGACCUUGCUAAGAAAUGGGCAGAAUCUAUUAAAGAGCCUGUGAAGGAGAAUAUGCGAGACAAAAUUAUUGAUCAGGGCAUCCAGCAGUACACUCUCAUUAACAUGGGCAAACGGAACUUAGAGAAAGCGGUUGAGGAGCCUUCAGAGGAGAGUCAACGACUGAUUCAAACAGCUGAUAAUGAUAUAGCUGGGGACAUGUUAAAGCAGAAGAGAAGCAGGAGCGCAGAUCUGCUGAAGAAAGAGCUUGAGAAACAUGGAAAAUCUGCCUCCAGGGAGUUCCUCAGCAAGGUUAACCUGGCUAUGUCCAUACUCUAUGCUAGACAAGUGUUGCAAGCUCUAUUGGCAGACUGGCCUAAAACCUGCCAAGCUAUCAGUGCAGACAUACUAGGCUGUCACACAGUCAGCCAGAUACCUUGCGUACUAGACCUCUUGAACAACACGGAAAGUAAAACUAUAUUUCAAAAGGUAGUCCAAAAUGUGAUUAACCAUAGCAACCCUGAUAGUUUGGUUGUCAUGGCAACUACAGCCUGCCAAUUUAUGGAGGAAGUGAGCUUAGCUGCCAUCACCAAGGAAUCGGAACACAAGUAUAAAAACAAUUUCAAGUUUGAAGAAACGAUUAGGAUUCCAGGAGCUUCUUUUCUUAGCAUUAAAUUUGACUCCAGAUGCUCUACUGAGAGUGGCUGUGAUGAAUUGACUAUGUCUAGCUCAAAGGACAGCACUCAAGAUAGGCACGUCUUUAGUGGAAGUAGCUGCAGGUGGACUAACUUAGAAUUACCAGGUGACACUCUUCACUAUAUAUUCCAAACAGACUGCAGUAACACUGACUGGGGCUACAGGUUCACUGUAACAGGGGGAUGUGUGGGCAGGUUGUUACAUACUGAUGAGCUGUGGAGUAGUUUGGUGUAUGUGGCAUGUAAGCAGACAGGACAACAUAGGCUCAAGACUAUUCAGCUGCUUCUUCAGAUUCUGGAGACGCAGUUUAAGUCUAGUGGGGCCAGCAAACUCUGCAUUGACCUUGGAGAGCUGAAACCUUUAUGGUUGCUGUACAAGAAGUGUAGUGAGACUUCCUCAGAUAUGGGCACAGUGACGUCACCAGUUGUACGUGCCCUCACUGAGUUGUUCUUUGUGGCAGAGAAUCUAGCAAUGGACUGGGAGGUCACUGAGGAUUAUUUGAUAGCUUUGUAUGACACACAGGACCUUCAGAAAUCAAUUUACCAGGGCGUAAGGAAUAUUGCCAGUAUCAGCACAAUGAUUAGCUACAGUAACAAAGCAACAGAAGCAUUCGCACUUGCUAAUGUCUCUAAUAAGACACUUUUUAAACCAGAGAUUAUGACUUUACAGAAGAUUUUAUGCCAACAAAUCAAGCACCAGACACAACAAACUGGUGCCAUAGCAACAACUAGCCGGGCUAGUUUAGAAGUGGACUGAACAUUUAAUUUCAAUUUAUUUAUUCAAGUUUCACCCAAUGUUUGGGUAUACAAUUUGUAGGCUGCAUUGUUCUGCUGUGGGAAGGGCAGCAACUUAUAUAAGCUGUAUACAAGCAUAAGAUGUGCAUAAUCUUUUAAGAAAUUAUAAUUUAUGUAAGCUCUUUGUCAAGAGUAAAUAAUUUUUUUCUUUAUUUUCAUGAUAUACUACUUGCACAAAGUAAAAGAUAAGAUAAAAUUAAAAAUGUUCCUGGAAACCAUGAUAUAUGGGGAACCAUUUAUAGCAUUUUGCAUCACUGCAUCUCACAUUCUUUUGGAAAUAUGCAGUGUUCUUAAUUAACAAUUUCCUAAUAUAUGACUUUCAACUGGGUUUGUUUUGGAUAUAAUCCUCAACUGUUGAAAAUAUUCCUCAGCAGUUUUGGAAAUAAUCUUCAACUGUGUUGAACAUAAUCCUCAACUGUGUUGGACAAAAUCUUCAACUAUGUUGGACAUAAUCUUCAACUGUGUUGUUAAUAAUCCUCAACUAUGUUGGACAUAAUUUUCAACUGUCAUGGACAUAAUCUUCAACUGUGUUGGAUAGUCCUCAACUCAACUAUGUUGGAUAUAAUCCUCAACUAUGGUAGAUAUAAUCCUCAACUUUGUUGGACAUAAUCUUAAACUGUGUUGGACAUAAUCCUCACCUGUGUUAGAUAUAAUAUUGGAUUAGGUGAACGAUCAAAUUGGUUCAAUGUUGAGGAUUUGUCAGAGACAUUUAAAAAAGAAGUUCACAGAUUCAAUCAUGAGAAAUAUCAAUGAACUUGGAUCAGAAAUAUCACAGAAGAAAAAAAACAAUGUAUUAUUGUGGAACU